AUGAAGGCCGACGGGCGCCUCAAGGUCUCCGUCGACGGCCACGCGUCCAAGGCCGAGGACCCGGCCGUCGCCGACGCGCGCGCGGCCGCCGUCGCCGCGAAGCUCGAGGAGCUCGGCGUCGACCCCGCGCGCCUGCGGCACGAGGGCCACGGCGCGGCGACGGCCGCGCGGCGCGAGGUCCAGUUCACCGUGAUCCAGGAGCUCCGCGUCUCCGACACGGUCCAGUUCGCCGCGUGCAGCUCCGACGUGACCGACGGCUCCGCGGGCGUCCUCGACGCCGUCGCGCGGGUCCUCGCGGAGCGGCCGCACCUCGUCGUCCGCGUCGAGGGCCACUGCUGCACGUCUCCCAUGUGGGGCUCGACGACCAUCGAGGAGCUCGCCGCGGACCGCGCGGAGGCCGUCGUCGCCGCUUUGGCGGCGCGGGGCGUGCCGCGGGACCAGCUGCGGCCGCGGGGCUUCGGCGCGGACCUGCCCGUCGACGUCGCGAACAAACGGCUCAACCGGCGCACGGAGUUCCACGUCGUCGACACGGACGUCGAGAAGAACCUGCGCCGGCGCGUCCGCGAGCCCGCGGCGCGGCGGCGGACCGCCGAGGACUUCGCCGAGGACCCCGCGGCCCUGGCGCGGCUCCGGGGCCUCGCGGCGCAGCCCGCGGGGCUGCCCAUGCGCGUGCGCUGGGCCGCGGCGCGGCUCCUGCUCGCCGCGCGCGCGGACUGGCGCGCGGAGCGCGUCCUGUGGCUGUUGCUCGCGCCGGGCGCGAAGCGGCCGCCGCUGAACCCGGACGUGAUCCGCGCCAUCGGCUCCUGGUGCUACGUCCUCGGCGCCUUCGACGCGCGGACGUCCGCGAAGGCGCCGUCGAAGGCGCCGUCGAAGCCGUUCGACGACUUCAAACAGAGAUACUUGCCCGAGUUCGCGUGGCGGAGGCGGAAGGACCGCGACGGGCCCCAGAAGACGUUCCUGCUGAAGCACCUCGGCGAGGACACGGUCAAGGGCUGCAGCGUCUUCCACGGCGCCGACGCCUUCCUCACGGGCCACGCCGCGUUCACGCUCGAGCUCGAGCAGGCGCUCCAGGCCGUCGACGCGUCCGUGUCGGCGCCCUAUUGGGACACGUCGCUCGACGACGACGCGCGCGGCGCGGCCUGGGCCGAGGGCCUCGAGCUCUUCGCGGAGGACUGGUUCGGGGCGCGCGCGGGCGCGGGCGGGCCGAAGCUCGACUACCCGGCCCUGACGACGGGCCGCUUCGCCUACGUCGACGUGCCCUCCUACGCCGCGGGCGACGCCGCGGGCGCCGCGGCCGCGCCGCCGGAGCGGAACGCGUUCGGCCGCCUGACCCAGUCCUACAACAACGACCCGGCGACGUUCCUCUGGCGCAGCGACAGCGUCUGCGGCCUGCCGAGCAAGCUGCGGCUCCCCGGCUGCGCGGCGCUGAAAGGCGCGCUCCGGGAGGCCUCCGUGAGCGACCUGAGGGCGAAGAUCGAGACGGACUGGCACGGCGCGCUGCACCCGACGCUCGGCGGCGCCUUCGACUGCGCGUCCGAGAGCGCCGGCGCGUCCCACUUCGCGGCCCUCGCGAAAACGGCGCCGGAGCUCGUGCAGUUCGUGCACCAGUUGGCGGAGGUGCUCUGGGACGUCGCGCACAACACGGGCCACCUCAAGUGCCCGUCGUCCUGCGACGAGGCCGCGGGGUUCGCCGCCUGCCGCUGCGCCUGCCCGGCGCUGGACGCCGAGUUCGCCGCGGGCAACGCGGCGCUCGCCUACGCGUUCCUCGACUCGAUCGGUCUGCUGAGCCGCUACGCGGGCAGCCAGCGCGGCGACGUCUUCGUGCGGACCGUCGACGAAAAGUUCUGCUUCGCGGGCGAGCCCAACGGCGCCUGCCUCGCGGGGCGCGACGCCGACGACUUCUUCGUCGCGCUCGCGAGGCUGUCGUGCGCGCCGGGCCGCGUGGCUCCCUACAUGACGCCGUUGGCCGCGUCCAACGACCCGCUCUUCUGG